AUGUCUGCAGACCAUCACGUGGACGAUCCGUACGCGUACGAUGACGAAGACUCGUCGGCCAUUACGCCCGAGGACUGCUGGACCGUCAUCCUGUCGUUUUUUCAGGAGAAGGGUUUGGUUUCUCAGCAGUUGGACUCAUUUGACGAAUUCAUCGAGUCCACCAUCCAGGAGCUUGUCUGGGAGGAUUCUCACUUGAUUUUGGAUCAGCCUGCACAGCAUACGUCCGAAGAUCAGUAUGAGAACAAGCGGUUUGAGAUCACCUUCGGAAAGAUUUACAUCUCCAAGCCUACUCAAACCGAAGGCGACGGUACAACUCACCCGAUGUUCCCACAGGAGGCUCGUUUGCGUAACUUGACGUACUCGUCCCCGUUGUAUGUCGAUAUGACCAAGAAGAAAUUCUUGUCGGAUGACCGUGUGCGUAAAGGAAAUGAGCUUGAAUGGGUUGAGGAAAAGAUGGAGCAUGAAGAUGCCCAGACAAAGGUGUUUUUGGGUAAGGUGCCUAUCAUGUUGAGAUCGAAGUUCUGUAUGUUGCGUGACUUGGGCGAACACGAGUUCUACGAGUUGAAGGAGUGUCCUUACGAUAUGGGAGGUUACUUUGUCAUCAACGGUUCCGAGAAAGUUUUGAUUGCCCAGGAGAGAAGUGCCGCCAACAUCGUGCAGGUGUUUAAAAAGGCUGCUCCUUCGCCUAUCUCGCAUGUAGCUGAAAUCAGAUCCGCUCUCGAAAAGGGCUCCCGGUUGAUCUCCUCCAUGCAAAUUAAGUUGUAUGGUAGAGACGACAAGGGCACCACAGGCAGAACCAUCAAGGCCACUUUGCCAUACAUCAAGGAAGACAUCCCAAUUGUCAUUGUGUUCAGAGCUCUUGGUGUCGUCCCGGACGGUGAUAUUUUGGAGCACAUCUGUUACGACGCCAAUGAUUGGCAGAUGUUGGAGAUGUUGAAGCCGUGUGUUGAAGAAGGUUUCGUGAUUCAGGAGCGUGAAGUGGCACUCGAUUUCAUCGGUAGAAGAGGUGUUUUGGGUAUAAGGAGAGAGAAACGUAUCCAAUAUGCCAAGGAUAUCUUGCAGAAGGAGUUGUUGCCUAACAUCACCCAGGAGGCCGGAUUCGAAUCCAGAAAGGCCUUUUUCUUGGGUUACAUGGCCAACAGAUUGUUGUUGUGUGCCUUGGAGAGAAAGGAACCUGACGAUAGAGACCACUUCGGUAAGAAGAGAUUGGACUUGGCCGGUCCUUUAUUGGCCAGUUUGUUCAGAAUCUUGUUCAAGAAGUUGACAAGAGACAUUUACAACUACAUGCAGAGAUGUGUCGAGAACGACAAGGAGUUCAACCUUACAUUGGCUGUCAAGUCCCAGACCAUCACUGACGGUUUGCGUUAUUCCUUGGCUACUGGUAACUGGGGUGAGCAAAAGAAGGCCAUGAGUGCCCGUGCCGGUGUGUCCCAGGUGUUGAACCGUUACACAUACUCCUCGACAUUGUCGCAUUUGAGAAGAACUAACACUCCAAUCGGUCGUGACGGUAAGAUCGCCAAGCCUAGACAGUUGCACAACACUCAUUGGGGUCUUGUUUGUCCCGCAGAGACUCCCGAAGGUCAAGCGUGUGGUUUGGUCAAGAACUUGUCCUUGAUGACUUGUAUCUCUGUCGGUACUGCCUCGGAACCAAUCUUGUACUUCUUGGAAGAAUGGGGUAUGGAGCCAUUGGAGGAUUACGUUCCUUCCAAUUCGCCUGACUGCACCAGAGUGUUUGUCAAUGGUGUUUGGGUCGGUACUCACAGAGACCCAGCUCAGUUAGUUGAUACCAUGAGAAGAUUGAGAAGAAAGGGUGACAUUUCUCCUGAGGUUUCCAUCAUCAGAGACAUCAGAGAGAUGGAAUUCAAGAUUUUCACCGAUGCUGGUCGUGUUUACCGUCCAUUAUUCAUUGUCGACGACGAUCCAGAUUCCGAAACCAAGGGUGACUUAGUAUUGCUGAAAGAUCACAUCCACCAGUUGUUGAACUCUGAAUAUGAUGAGUUCGAAGAAAACACUGGUUACUCUUGGUCUUCUUUGGUCAGUGACGGUGUGGUCGAGUAUGUCGAUGCGGAAGAAGAGGAAACAAUUAUGAUUGCUAUGACCCCUGAAGACUUGGAGGCCUCAAAGAGCACCUUGUCGGAAACCCAACAGAAGAGUUUGCAAUUGGAAGAGCAGGAGCUUGACCCAGCAAAGAGAAUCAAGCCAACAUACACUUCGUCUACUCAUACCUUCACACAUUGUGAAAUUCACCCAUCUAUGAUCUUGGGUGUUGCUGCAUCCAUUAUUCCAUUCCCUGACCACAACCAGUCUCCUCGUAACACUUAUCAGUCUGCUAUGGGUAAGCAAGCUAUGGGAGUUUUCUUGACCAACUAUGCUGUGAGAAUGGACACCAUGGCCAACAUUUUGUACUAUCCUCAGAAGCCUUUGGCUACCACCAGAUCAAUGGAGUACUUGAAGUUCCGUGAGUUACCUGCUGGUCAAAACGCUGUUGUUGCUAUUGCCUGUUACUCUGGUUAUAACCAGGAAGAUUCUAUGAUUAUGAAUCAGUCGUCAAUUGAUAGAGGUUUGUUCAGAUCAUUGUUCUUUAGAUCUUAUAUGGACUUGGAGAAGAGACAAGGUAUGAAGGCAUUGGAGACCUUUGAGAAGCCUUCCAGAUCCGACACUUUGAGAUUGAAACAUGGUACCUACGAGAAGUUGGAUGACGAUGGAUUGAUCGCUCCAGGUGUGAGAGUGAGUGGUGAAGACAUCAUCAUUGGUAAGACUACCCCUAUUCCUCCAGAUACUGAGGAAUUGGGUCAAAGAACUCAGUACCAUACCAAGAGAGAUGCUUCUACUCCAUUGAGAAGUACUGAAUCUGGUAUUGUGGAUCAAGUGUUAUUGACAACGAACGGUGAUGGAGCCAAGUUCGUCAAGGUGAGAAUGAGAACCACGAAGAUUCCUCAGAUUGGUGACAAGUUUGCAUCUAGACACGGACAGAAGGGUACUAUUGGUGUCACUUACAGACAUGAGGAUAUGCCAUUCAGUGCACAGGGUAUUGUCCCAGACUUAAUCAUCAACCCCCACGCUAUUCCAUCUCGUAUGACAGUCGCCCAUUUAAUCGAGUGUUUGUUGUCUAAGGUUUCUUCGUUAUCGGGAUUGGAAGGUGAUGCAUCUCCAUUCACGGAUGUCACUGCCGAGGCUGUUUCCAGGUUGUUGAGAGAGCAUGGCUAUCAAUCUAGAGGUUUUGAAGUCAUGUACAAUGGACACACUGGUAAGAAGUUGAUGGCACAAGUUUUCUUCGGUCCAACAUACUACCAAAGAUUAAGACACAUGGUGGAUGACAAAAUUCACGCCAGAGCUAGAGGACCAGUGCAAGUGUUGACGAGACAACCUGUUGAAGGUAGAUCCAGAGAUGGUGGAUUGCGUUUCGGAGAGAUGGAGAGAGAUUGUAUGAUUGCUCACGGAGCCGCUGGAUUCUUGAAGGAGAGAUUGAUGGAGGCUUCGGAUGCGUUCCGUGUGCAUGUCUGCGGUAUUUGUGGUUUGAUGUCGGUGAUUGCCAACUUGAAGAAGAACCAGUUCGAGUGCCGUUCGUGUAAGAACAAAACAAACAUUUACCAGAUUCACAUUCCAUAUGCAGCCAAGUUGUUGUUCCAGGAAUUGAUGGCCAUGAACAUUUCUCCAAGAUUGUACACGGAAAGAUCAGGCAUUAGUGUGCGUGUUUAG